CGAAUUUGCGUUUCUUCACUGCUUCAUAACUUUCAUCAUCAUCUCUAUCAAAAAAGCUUCAGUCUUUGCUUCAUUCCUCACAAACCCAUCUCCAAUAAUUCUCAUCUUGAAUCAGAUCAUGUUGAUCAAUCGCUGAGAUUAUACCUUCCCCCUCCCGAUUGAAUUCCCUCUGAGAAACCCGCCAUGGCCGCGGCUCUGAGGUCAAACACCUCCCGAGAAACCGCUUCUCUCACACACUCUCACUUUCUUCACUUCAUCUCCAACCCUCCUCACUCCAACCACAACCACCACCGUAACAUUAACAAGAUCGCGUCUCUCAACCCCACUACGGGAGGAGAGAGAAGGUGCUACGCUACGGAGAAGGUGAGAGGCGUAGUAAAGUCUGCUCUUUUGUGCUCCUCCUCUCAAGGAGGAGACCCACCUGAUCUCUGGCAGCCUCCCGCAGAUGAAGUUUCCUUCCUUCGGGUUAAUCCCGUUCGUGGCGGUGGUGGUCCUGGUGCUGGUGUUGGUGUUGGGACAGGUUCGGAUUCGAAAGAGGAUGCUUGGGGUGGGUCUAACCUCGGGUCUAGUUUUCCGACACCAAAGGAUAUUUGUAAUGGUUUGGACAAGUUCGUGAUCGGUCAGGAGAGAGCUAAAAAGGUGCUUUCAGUGGCAGUCUACAAUCACUACAAGAGGAUAUACUACGAAUCAUUACAGAAACGGUCCUCCUCAGGAGAAACCGAUAGCACUGCAGCAAAACCAGGUGAUGAUGAUGAUGAUGAUCUGGUUGAACUGGAGAAGAGUAACAUUCUCCUCAUGGGACCAACUGGCUCAGGGAAGACCCUACUUGCGAAAACCUUGGCGCGGUUUGUGAAUGUACCUUUUGUCAUUGCGGAUGCAACCACCUUGACUCAGGCUGGUUAUGUGGGAGAGGAUGUUGAGUCUAUAUUAUACAAACUUCUCACAGUUGCAGAUUAUAACGUUGCAGCUGCACAGCAGGGGAUUGUUUACAUCGAUGAAGUCGACAAGAUAACAAAGAAGGCAGAAAGCCUUAACAUCAGCAGAGAUGUAUCAGGAGAGGGUGUUCAACAAGCAUUGCUGAAAAUGCUGGAAGGAACUAUCGUUAAUGUACCUGAGAAGGGAGCUAGAAAGCACCCUAGAGGCGACAACAUCCAGAUAGAUACAAAAGAUAUACUCUUCAUAUGUGGUGGUGCUUUUGUAGACAUCGAGAAGACCAUCUCUGAGAGGCGCCAUGAUUCUUCAAUAGGGUUUGGUGCUCCUGUACGUGCUAACAUGAGGGCAGGUGGUGUUACAAACGCAGCUGUUGCAUCAAACCUGAUGGAAACUGUGGAAAGCAGUGACCUGAUUGCUUAUGGUUUAAUACCUGAGUUUGUUGGAAGGUUUCCAGUUCUCGUCAGCUUGUCUGCUCUCACCGAGAACCAACUUAUGCAGGUGCUGACGGAGCCAAAGAACGCACUUGGAAAGCAAUACAAAAAGAUGUAUCAGAUGAAUAGAGUAAAGCUGCAUUUCACGGAACCAGCUCUGCGGCUAAUAGCGAGAAGAGCAAUAACCAAAAACACGGGAGCUCGUGGUUUAAGAGCUCUGUUAGAAAGCAUCCUCAUGGACUCUAUGUACGAGAUACCGGAGGAAGGUACAGGGAAGGAUAUGAUAGAGGCGGUUGUGGUGGAUGAAGAAGCAGUUGAAGGAGAAGGGCGUAGAGGCUCUGGUGCUAAGAUUCUCCGUGGUGAAGGAGCUUUGUCUCUGUAUCUCUCUGAAACCAAGGAAGGACCUGAAGGAGAAACUGAAGUGGAGCCGGUUGUAGCCAAUAUGUAAAUGUAUCAAUAUAUCAUCAUCAUCAUCAUUGAUCCAGAACAUAUGGUCAAAUGUAGUCUCUCAACGUUCUUUGUACAUAAAUGAAAGAAAGAAAACAAAGUUGGAUCAGUAAGUUUAAAACAACACAAGGUUACAUGCACA